AUGGGCGGUGGUGGCAAGAUCCCGUACCCCAAGGAAGUCUGGUCUCCCGCAGGAGGCUGGUAUGCUCAGCCAGCAAACUGGAAAGCCAACACGGCCAUCAUCGGUGCAGCUGUUAUCGGAAUUGUUGCCGCGACCUGGAGCCUCAGCGCCGAGCGUGAGCGCCGUGAGAAGAUGCCCGAGCCCGGCAGAUUCUUUCCCAGUCGCUACUGGAGCAAGCAAAUUAUCGAACACGAGAGACAGCAGAAGAACGAGUCAUAG